AUGGGGGCCCCCGCCAUGUGCCCCCAAGGAGAAGAGGGCCCCCCUGGGGGCCCCUUCGGGGGCCCUUCUGGCGAGUCCUCCGCCGAUCCUGUGGAGGUUUUCUUGUCUGAAGUGGCGCAGUUGCUGCUGAAGGGCCCCCAGGGUUCAGCUGCAGCAGCAGCAGCAGCAAAGGGUGUAUGGGACUAUGACCUAGGGGGCCUCCUGGCCGACUUCCUUCGCCUUACAGAAGAGGGCCUCAUAGAGAUGGAGCAUGCAGGAAGGGAGGGCCCCUUGGACUCUCUUGCACCCUCUCCCCUGUCUAGAGAAGAAGGGGGGCCCCCCGGGGCCCUUGGGGCUCCUGAGACCCCGGGGGCCCCCGGGGGCCCUCCCCACACAAUGAAGUUUUCGCAUGCAGCAAUGCUGCUGGAGAGGUCGACAGCAGUUUGGGGCUUGAGGAUUGAACGUCUGCAUGCACUGGCCUUUAAUCUGCUGCAGCACGCGCAACAGCAGCAGCAGGGCCUCGAAGGGGGCCUCAAGGGUCGCAGUGGGGUCUCGGGGGCCCCCCAGCUCACGCUGCAGCAACUAAGAAAUCAAACCCUGCAGCAGCUAGGUUCUGCUGCGUGUCUGCUGCUGCCGGAGCCCCCCCCACCACUAACAAGGGAGGGGCCCCCAGGGCCCCAGGGGCAGCGGCCCCCUGAUCGUGUGCUGCUGCCUGCAAUUCUAAGGGGACCUGCAGCAGCAGCAGCAGCAGCAAGAGCAGCAGCAACUGCAGCAGCAACAUCAGCACUGCAGCGGAGCCAAGCACAAGCUUCAGGGCCCUCUGAGGGGCCCCCGGGGGCCAGGGGGUCACCCCGAGAUCCUGCAGCAGGUGCAGCAGGUGCAGCAGAUGCAGCAGCAGCAGCAGAUGCAGCAGCAGCAGCUGCAGACCCCGAUGAAGAUGCCAGGGCUGCGUACAACGAGCUGCAGGGCCUGCGGGUAACUACUUUAAAGGUACACAAGGAGACUGGGGGCCUCCUAGCGACUUCGUCAGACGCAGCAGCGUACCUAGCGUUAGCCCAAGGGGCCCCCUCCUCCCGUGACAAGUGGGGCCCCCGGGGAAUGGGGGGCCCCCGGGGUAGUGGGGGCCCCCAAGGCAAAGGGGCCCGCCCGGGUGUUAUGCCGUUGCCUGUUGCCGAGGAGGGUACUGGAGACACGUGGGAAGAGUACCCUGAUUUCUUCGCAGCAGCAGAUGGGCCCCCCCCUUUGCAGCCGCAUCUGGGGGGCCCCUUGGGGCCCCUUAGCGAUCCGCAGUCCACGGCUGCCUUGCCUGCUGCUGCUGCUGCUAGUACUGCAGCGGCAGCAACUGCUGCUGCUGCAAGAUCUGAGGAGAGCCCUGCAGCUGCUGCUGAUUCCUGGGUACAAGACCUGCUGCAGGGGGGAUAUAAUAGAGUAAAUGGGGCCCCCAAGGGGCCCCCAACUUCUUCUUUCUUUUCUUCAACUAGUGCAGAAAAUAUUUGUGCUGUACUUGGCUUCCCUACAGAAAAGGGUACAGAAGAAACAACAAUGGGGGGCCCCACAGGGCCCCCGCCACACCGUCUUGCUUUCUUGAACUUUCUCUAUGGGGCCGAUUGGGGGGCCCCCAACUCCUUGCAUACAACAAGGGAUUACCUUAGGGGCCUCUCCUUCCCUGCAAGGGCCCACCUCGAGUUACUCCUUAGAAGACAGGCAUUAGCAGGGGCCCCACGGGCCCCUUGGGAAGCCCCACCAAGGGGCCCACCAAAGGGCGCCGGGGGUACAGGGGGCCCUGGGGGCCUCACAGGCUCGGCCUUGCAGCAGAUGCUACACGGCUAUUCGGGGGGCCCCGAGGGCCCCCAGGGGCCCCUCAGACAUGAGGGUAUUCCUAAGAGGAGGCCUCGAGACUUUCUUAUGAAUUUGCCUAGCAGCUGCGAGCAACCUAAGGAAAAUAGGGGCCCCGGAGGGGGCCCCCCAUGCAGGCCCCCACCUGCGAGUAUCUUGGGGGCCCCCGUUAACGAUUCCUUCGUGCAAACCCUAGGGGGGGCCCUAUGGGUACACAGGGCCUCCACUCGAGAGGGCCAAGAGGCCCUCCUUAGGGGCCUCUGGCCUGUACCCUCUCAGGGGCCCCAAACCCAGGGGGCCUCCACAGCGGACUGGGGGGCCAUCGCGGGGGCCCCAGGGUACAAUACCCUCCCUGGGUACCCCGCUAUUCGUCUGCCGGGGGCCCCCCAUAGGCGUUUCCUCAAGAAGCUGUUUUGCCCUCCUAUAGGCACUCAACAGCAGCAGCAGCAGCAGCAGCGGCAGCAGCAGCAGCGGCUGCAGUGGUUAAACCGUUGGCACUUGCAGGAGACAGGCCCGAGCCAUCCUUCCUCGCGUUCGCGUUUUGAGUGCGUCUCAGCAGCAGCAGCUGCUGCUGCUGCAGCGGAAGCAGCAGCAGCGGCAGCGGCAGCAGCAGCUGCAGCACAGGCAGAAGCUGCUGCAGCAGAGGAGUCUCUGGUGGUGCUCGAAGGAGAUCGAGAAGAGGAAGCAUUUCCCGAUGUAUAUGAAGGGGAUGCUGCUGCAUGCGGGGAUUUGCGUCUGAGCUGCGAGGAGACAGCAGCAAUAGAAGAUGAAAUUCGCCGUGCUCAGAGAGAACGAAUAGCGGAACUGAAUGCAGCAGCGGCAGCAGCAGCAAAACACGCAGAAGGAGGACCUGCUGCAGCAGCAGCAGCAGAUGAAGAACUCGCCAUACAAUUGCGGGUGGCUCGCUGGAAUGCGUACUUGGAGGAUCAGCUGAUGACGCUGCAGUCUGUCCCUUCCUUUGAUAUUAGAGAGUCAGAGGAAAUCCUUAUAAGGGAGACUCUCCGUCUGCAGCAGCAGCAGCAGCAGCAGCAGCAGCAGCAACAGCAGCAGCAGCAGCAACAGGCAAGUUCGGCUGUUGCCCCCUUAACGGACGCAGAGACAGUCAGCCACGCCGCCUCACCUACUCCUUCUCCUGCUGCACCUAACCCCCCCAGCAGCAGCAACAGCAGCAGCAGCAGCAGCAGCAGCAGCAGCAGCAGCAGUCCUCCAACAGCAACAUUUGCUUCUUUAGUUAGGGGGAAGCCUCGGUAUGAAAUAUGCCGCACCUUCCUAACAACUCUUAUGCUAACAAAUGCAAGAAAGAUUAAAAUUGUUAAGGGGACAGAAGGGAAAGAAGACGGAUCUGAUGCAGAGGACAUCGAUAGGCCCAAAGAGGCAGCAGACUUUAAGAUACAACUUCUUCUUAACCCUCAAGAUAUGCAGUAA